AUGAUGGAAUUGAGUAGGAAGGCUGCCAAAAGACGCCAUGAAGAAGAUGAGAAUGCGAAGCUGGUGAGCUACGAGGAGAGGAGAAAGAAGGAACGAGAGGCUGAAGAAGAGGAAUUGAGGAAGCUAAAAGAGAAACAAGAGCGUCGACGAAUAGAGCGUGAACAGGAGGAGUUGGAGCAGGCUGAAAAGAAACGGAAGGAUGAGGAACGCCGAAAAGAGGAGGAGGUAAGCCCUUUAAAACCUAGAGCGCGCCGUGCUCGACAGGAAGAGGAGAAGAGAAAGAAGGAAGAGGAAAAGAGUAAACGUCAGCAAAUGAGCGGUGCCAGCUUUGUAGCAGCACAAGGUGGAAGAAAUUUCAUCAUUCCAACAAAGACCGAGAAAAACGACAAGUUCGGUAAUAUUGUGCAAGCAAAGCAGGAAAUGGGUAUGACAAAAGAGCAACAGGAGGAAGCGAAGAAGGCCUUCAUGAUCGGAAUUCGUCAGUCGAUCCCGGAAGCGUCCGCAAUUUCAGCGUCUGACCUGAAAGCAAAAAUCAAAGAACUUCAUCAGAGAAUCUGCAAACUCGAAACGGACAAGUACGACUUGGAGAAACGUCAUGAGCGACAGGAGUACGAUCUGAAAGAAUUGAAUGAACGAUCGCGACAAGUGGCAAGAAAUGCUAGCGGUGGCAAAAAGGGCGACGUGGACGGCGAUGGACGUUUCCCGCCGAAGGUGCAAGUGGUAUCGAAAUAUGACCGGCAAAUUGAUCGACGAAACUUCAAAGAGAGACGAUCGGUGUACGAAAACAAAAACGCCUUCCCCUGCUUCCCUGGUGUUCCACCACCACCUGCCCUCUUCGAGAAGAUUUUCAAGAAGUAUGAAUAUGAGAUCAGAGAAGAGGAAGAUGCUGCAGAACAAGCCGAGUACGAAGCACAAGAGUACGAGGCAGAUGAUUAA